UUCCUUGGUGACGUCAGACGCAAAGGAGCGUCGCUGUAUUUUCCUCAUCGAUCGCAGGUGUCUCUACCGGCCGUCACGAAGGAGUUACAGCAACCUACUUAGAAUGACUUUGGGUGCAGUUGCCUCCGUGAUCCUUGCCAUAGGAGGAGCUGCAGUGUUUUCUGCUCUUCAUAAGAUUGAAGAAGGACAUGUGGGUGUCUACUACAGAGGUGGAGCUCUGCUGACCACCACCAGUGGCCCUGGAUUUCAUUUGAUGCUGCCGUUCAUUACUUCAUUCAAGUCUGUACAGUCAACCCUACAAACAGAUGAAGUAAAGAAUGUUCCAUGCGGCACAAGUGGAGGUGUAAUGAUCUACUUUGAUCGAAUUGAGGUGGUGAACUAUCUUGCUCCUUCAGCAGUUUAUGGCAUUGUGAGAAACUUCACUGCCGACUACGACAAAGCUCUGAUUUUCAACAAGGUUCACCAUGAGCUGAAUCAGUUCUGUAGUGUGCACUCACUUCAGGAGGUCUACAUAGGUCUAUUCGAUCAAAUAGACGAGAAUCUAAAGCUCACGCUGCAGCAGGAUCUCACCAGCAUGGCACCUGGACUCAUCAUUCAGGCGGUCCGUGUCACCAAACCAAACAUUCCAGAAAGCAUUCGCAGGAACUAUGAACUAAUGGAGAGUGAGAGAACGAAGUUACUGAUUGCAGCUCAGACUCAGAAGGUGGUAGAGAAGGAGGCAGAGACAGAGAGGAAAAAGGCUGUCAUCGAGGCAGAGAAGGUGGCUCAGGUGGCUGAAAUCAAAUUUGGACAGAAAGUUAUGGAAAAAGAAAUAGAGAAAAAGAUCUCAGAAAUUGAAGAUGGCGCUUUCAUUGCUAGGCAGAAAGCAAAAGCAGAUGCAGACUUUUACACUGCACAGAGAGCAGCUGAGGCCAAUAAGCUGAAGCUGACCCCUGAAUAUCUUCAGCUGAUGAAAUUUAAGGCAAUUGCAGCUAAUAGUAAGAUUUACUUUGGAAGUGAGAUCCCUCACAUGUUCAUGGAUUCGGGACCAGGAAGCUCUUCCUCAGCUGCCUCCAAAGCCAUAGACGUCCUCUCAGAGGGCAUACUGGACUUGGAAUGACGAGAGAAGUUGUGUUUUAGCACGGAGGAUAAAUUAACAGUUUGCUCCAGCUAUUGCGCAUGCGCAAAGAUUUGCAAUUAUUUCACGACACCAGUCUCCUUUACGGCUGUUUCAAUGGUAACCAGAGGACGUGGUUACAAACACUGGAAGAACAGAGACUGAACCUGAGCAAAGACCAGAGGAUGACACUGAAAGGACUCGAUGUGUGAUGGGAUGUGAUGUGGAUGUUCUUUGCAUUAUGAUUGCUAAUAAACCGUUUUUGUCAUGUCGUGCAAAAUAUUUAAUAAAACUGCUGAACAUUUUUU